CGCGGCCGGGCCGGGAGCGGGGGCUCGGGGGGCGGCGAUUGCUGUCGCCCGUGUCCCACAAGCUGAGGCGCGUCUCUCCCCGCAGGUGCGGCCAUGGCGGACUCCACGCAGAACGGGCCCAUGGCAGGCGGGGCCGGCGGCGGGGCCGUGCAAUUUCUGAUGGCUAACAAGUUGGAUACAGCAAUGUGGAUUUCCCGUUUGUUCACGGUUUACUGCUCAGCUUUAUUUGUCCUGCCUCUUCUGGGGUUGCAUGAAGCAGCAAGCUUUUAUCAGCGUGCCUUGCUGGCAAAUGCUCUUACCAGUGCCCUCCGACUACACCAAAGGCUACCGCACUUCCAGCUUAGCAGGGCAUUUCUGGCCCAGGCUUUGCUGGAGGACAGCUGCCAUUACCUGCUGUACUCCCUUAUCUUUGUGAAUUCCUACCCUGUUACAAUGAGUAUUUUUCCAGUUCUGCUGUUCUCUUUGCUUCAUGCUGCCACAUACACGAAGAAGGUUCUUGAUGCGCGAAGUUCAAACAGUGUGCCCUUUUUGAGAAACCUCUUAGAGAAACUGAAUGCUAAUCAACAGAAUAUUCUAAAAUUCAUUGCUUGCAAUGAAAUUUUCCUGAUGCCAGCUACAGUUUUUAUGCUCUUCAGUGGACAAGGGAGCCUGCUCCAGCCAUUCAUUUACUAUAGGUUUCUUACAUUACGCUACUCUUCUCGGCGAAAUCCCUACUGUCGGACUCUCUUCACCGAGCUCAGGAUUGUUGUUGAACACUUAAUAACGAAGCCCUCGUGCCCUGUUUUUGUAAGAAGACUAUGCCUCAGCGGCAUUUCCUUUAUAAGCAGAUUGGCACCAACUGUUGCAUAGCCAAAUUCAGGCACUCGUGUUUUGUGAACAUUAUGAGCAGCUGGCACUUCUGCUGAUGAUUGGAAAUUCCUGGUUUUACACUGAUCUCACUCCAGGCUGUAUAAAAAUACAUAUAUGCUUUUCUUGGAGAUAAUAUGAAAUUUAGCAUAUCAAAAACAAAUGAUAGAAACUUAAAUUAACCGUGCUGUAUUGUUAAUUGAUGAAAAAAGUAGAUGCAUCCUACCUAAAAUAUGCCCUAUCAUACAGGUUUGUUGUUUUGUUUUGUUUUUUAAAAUCAAGAAUUGUUUGAGAUUGAUUGAAACUUAUAAUAAGAGAUCUGUGCUCACUAGGUUUAUGUUAGUUGGAACUAUAGCUACUUUUGGAUGUCUCCAGUGGAUAGCAGUUGAUACACAUACCUAUGCAGUACACUUUGGACAGUAUUCUUCUGCUUACUAAAUGUAUCUGUAGAACUGUUUUGUCCAAUUUAUUAUACUUAGUGUAUAAAUAUGGCCCAUUUGGAAGUUAACACAAGAUAGUUAAAAUCUAUCAAGCUGACAGAGAUAACACUCCUUUCUGAAGGAGAGGCUAUUUUUAUUAAUAAUACUUAAAAAGAACUCUCUCAUGCGUCUGCCUUGUGACAUAAUCUUGUUAUGCUGUUGGAAGAAAUACCAAGACUGAUCACAGAAAACUCUAUGCAGUUUUCUUGUCAUAACAAGUUGUUUUACCAAGCCAAACUGCUGACCUGUAGGAUUUUCAGACUAAGAUGCAAUGCUUAAACUUUUAACUAUGUCGGAAAUGAACUAAUCAAUGUUAACGACGUAACUUUUGCAGAGUCAUUGCAGAUUUGUUCUUGUGUCCACACAAAUGUGAGACUGCAGUAAUUCAAGCAUGUUAGCUUUUUAAAAAAUUAAACUGUAGGUAGCUCUAUAUAAAUUGUUAUUUCAGUUUCUGAGACCCUCAUGAUGGGAAAUUUACAUAAAGAAUUGCACCUGUUUAGGCAGCUUCUGAAACAAAUGGUGCAGGAUUUCUUGGCAUAAAUCCAUCUGAUGACUGAUCUGAAGCCAGUGUCAUGACUACAGAAUUGAAUAUUAAAUUAAGUAUAUAAAUUAAUUACACUGAUUGUGCAUUCACCCAGCAGCUGAAGGGUAGGUCAUGGUAAAAUAAUACUAUCUGUCUGAUCACAACUUCUUUUCAGAAAUUCAAGGCAAAAUAUUUGUUGAAUUUUCUGUAGUUGGUGUUAGUAUUCUAAUUGCAUAAAUUUAAAGGACUUUCAUUGGCCUUUUGUAAACUUCUGUAGCACUGAACUUAACUAUUCUUCCAUGGUCAGAGAAACCUUAUGAGAAAAUCUUUCAAAAAUAGUCUUGAAGCAAAGUAUUUUCCUGUAACUAUUGAGUUAUCUUGUUCGUGGUAUGGAUAUCAUUCUGACUUUACAGUUGUAUUAGUUUUUAGAUCAGAGCCAUGUAUUUAUAAACUUACUUCAUUUUUUUGCUCAACCUCUUGGUACUGAUGAACCAGUUGGUAAUUGAAUAUGAUAUUCUUUGACUACUUGUCUUGCUCUCUGAACAUGAUUAGCUAUUUAUAGAAUACUCGCACACUGCAGAAGCAACUGCAUGCAGUUAAUGCUCUACAGCUGCUAAAGACUUGGAAUGAGAUUGAUUAUGUGUGUAUCCUAUAAUUUGAGGAUUUUAUAAAAACUAAAAUUUCUACUGCAAUAAAAGGAGUAUUAAAUGUAA